AUGGAAUUCAGUGAAGAUGAUGAUGAGAUCUACAUGGAUCAGAUAGUCACAUCCAAACCUCCAGUAAAAGCUGAUGAGCCUGCUAAAUGGAAUGAAAAGAAGAAAACCGGUCCAAUUGUUCCUGCUCCAACGUUUAACAUGAACAAUUUUCCAUGUUUAGACCAGAGGCAGAACACGACAACGGAUCCUGCCAUCAAACCAAAAUCCAACAAGAAUUCCCAAAUUGACGUGAAAUCCUCCUGGAAUCACUUCACUAAUGAUAAAGUUCCUGUUCCAAAGUACAACAGUCAGAACUGGUUUUUAGAUCCUGCCAUCAAACCUCAGAGAGUUCCAAGGACUUGGAAACCGAAGACACCAACCCGCUCUGUUGAACCACAAUCUGCCGCUGUUCAGGAAAAGAAAGCAGGUCCUACGGUUCCUGAGAAGACACUCAGUGUGGUGGUUGAAGAGCCACCAACCCAAUCCAACUCUGACUGUCCUUCAGGAGUCGUCCAGGAACCUGUCCCAACUGUUUUUCCAAUCACCUUCGGAGACGUUGGUGUCUUGGAAGAACAGAAGGGACCGUCUCCUGUAGUGUUUCUGGAGCCCAAGAAACCCAGACCAGCAACAGCUGAGGAGCCUGCUGAACGGAAUGAGAAGGAGAAGACGCCAAAGCUGAAUGGAAAUCCUGUGCAGAAAGAUAACAACACUGCUGCACUUCAACAGGAGAAUUCUGCCCUGAAAGUAGAACUCAAGCGUCUCAACAAAGUCCUUCAGCAGAAAGAUGAGGUGCUUUCACUUGUUACUAGGAAAAUGGAGAAUGUUGAAAAAGAGUUAAAGUCCCGGACAACCUUCCUGGAAAAAGCCAAGAAUCACCUGAGCCAAAUGCAGCAGCAGAAGAGUGAGACNCUGAAAGUAGAACUCAAGCGUCUCAACAACCUCCUUCAGCAGAAAAAUAUGGUUCUUUCUGAUGCUACUGGGAGAAUGGACAAACUUGAAAAAGAGUUAAAGUCCCAGACAAUCUUCCUAGACAAAAACAAGAAUCACCUGAGCCAAAUGCAGCAGCAGAAGAGUGAGACUGAAGCUGCUUUGGCUCAAUCUCAGAGAUUGUUGAAGGAGAAGGAGGAGGAACACGUGAAGGAAACCACGUCUUUAAAGGCCACUGUAGAACAGCUCAAACAGCAGCUUCAGGCUGAACGUUCUCUCAUGGAAAAGGAGAAAACGUCUGUCCAUGAAAAAACUCGUGAAAAUGUGGAACUCACCAAAAAAAUCCACCAGCUGGAAGAAAAUCAGACCUUAAAACGUACAGCAGACGAGGAAGAGCAAAGACUGCAAUGGCAGAAAGAAAAGACCUCCUUUCUCCAAGAAAUCUCUCAGUUAAAACAGCUUGUUCAGGAAAAGAACAACAACAUUUCCAAGUCUGAAGAGGAGCACAAAAGAACUCUUCAGGAGAUGGACAAGCUUAAAGAAAAUAAUCAGGUCGAUUCAAAGCUCAUCAGCAAAGUGAAGAACCUGGAAGCUUCUCUGUGGAAUGAAAAGGUAAAGACCAAUGAAGCCAACAGCUGCUUAACCCAGCAGAUGGAAGAGUCCACAAAGCUAAAAGCUGCAUUGGUUAAAACACAGAGCGAUCUGAGGAACCAAAUGCAGCAGUGGGAAACAGAGAAAGACCGGCUCCACAAAGAAUAUCAGAUGGAAUCAGCAAAGAUUCAAGAUGCCUUAAUGGAGACUAAAAAGCAGCAGGCAGAGGACAAACAGAAGUGGGACGAAGAGAAGUCCUCCCUUUCUCAAGAAAUCUCUCAACUAGAAGAGGAAAUCAAGAGAAAGGACGACAAACUCGACCGCUGCCAAAAACUCUUCCCAAAAAAGAUCAAACAACUCCAAGAGCAGGUGGACGAACUCAAAGAAAAGACGAAGAAAAAAUCACGCAGUGGUUUUCUGAGU